AUGGGUAAUCAUUACCUACCUUACCUACAUUACCAGUAUUACCUACAUUACCAGUGUUACCUACCUUACCAGCAUUACCUACAUUACCCGUGUUACCUACAUUACCAGCAUUACCUACAUUACCCGUGUUACCAGUGUUACCUACCUUACCAGCGUUACCUACAUUACCUACAUUACCCGUGUUACCUACAUUACCAGCAUUACCUACAUUACCCGUGUUACCUACAUUACCACAUUACCAGCAUUACCUACAUUACCCGUGUUACCUACAUUACCCGUGUUACCUACAUUACCAGCAUUACCCGUGUUACCUACCUUACCUACAUUACCAGCGUUACCUACCUUACCAGCAUUACCUACAUUACCCGUGUUACCUACAUUACCAGCGUUACCUACAUUACCCGUGUUACCUACCUUACCUACAUUACCAGCGUUACCUACCUUACCUACAUUACCAGCAUUACCUACAUUACCCGUGUUACCUACAUUACCAGUAUUACCUACAUUACCAGCGUUACCUACAUUACCUACCUUACCCGUGUUACCUACAUUACCAGCAUUACCCGUGUUACCUACAUUACCCGUGUUACCUACCUUACCUACAUUACCAGCGUUACCUACCUUACCUACAUUACCAGCAUUACCUACAUUACCCGUGUUACCUACAUUACCAGCAUUACCAGCAUUACCCGUGUUACCUACCUUACCUACAUUACCAGCGUUACCUACCUUACCUACAUUACCAGCAUUACCUACAUUACCCGUGUUACCUACAUUACCAGCAUUACCUACAUUACCCGUGUUACCUACAUUACCAGCAUUACCAGCGUUACCUACCUUACCUACAUAACCCGUGUUACCUGCAUUACCUACAUUACCAGCAUUACCUACAUUACCCGUGUUACCUACAUUACCCAUGUUACCUACAUUACCAGCAUUACCAGCAUUACCAGUAUUACCUACAUUACCAGCAUUACCAGUAUUACCUACAUUACCAGCAUUACCAGCGUUACCUACCUUACCUAUGUUACCUAUGCACAUUACGUAAUGUAA